AUGCCGUCGACUCCUCCCAGCUUGGUUCCUGGCCUCGGCCUCGGCAGCCGCGCCGCUGAUGACGGUGACGCCCAUCCCUCGCCCGACGAUUCUGCCACCGAGGCACAGAACGAACCCAACCUCAUGGAUCUCAGCAUCGCGGCCGACUUUGUUCAUGGCACCGUGGAGCCCCAGGAUCACGAGGAUGCCACGCGCCCUCAAAGCGACGAUUUUGACGACGAGUGGAAGUCUAAGAUUAUGCAGAUCGACUUCAACCAGCAGCAAGAGAUUGUUCAUCGACGUGUCUUCACCAAGGAUGCCCUCCGCACCUUGAAGAGCUUCACUAAGAAGUCUGCCGAUCUGUCGGAGCUCACCAGCUUGACUGACAAGCGCGCCCUCGAGGCCUUGACCGGCAACGCAGUCAAUUCAGAGCGAUCUGCAGUCAACACUGACGCCAUCGAAGCGAUCCGCAUGGUGCACACGACAAUGCAGGAAGACCUCAGUGGCCUCCGCACACGUCAGGAAUACGAUCGCCAGCGAAUCGAUGACAAGUUCGAUCGGCUCGCCGCGUCCAAUGCCUACGAGCUCAAAGCCCUGAAGAAGCAUUUCGGUGAUCAGCUUGUCAGACUCCAGGAGGCGGACAACGUUCUCCGGGGACGGCUCGAGGGUGUCAUUGACCGCCAAGAUCUCAUGGAGAGCGUGUUGGCCGCGCUCCCUCAGAGAGUGUUGGCCGCGCUCCCCCAGAAGCACCACAUGCUGUUCGGUGGCCUCGCCAUGGUGGUCCUCAUGUAUAUCCUGAUUCACCUCACUCGCGACUGA